AGGCUACCAAAAAGAAGCCAUGAUGCGCCGCCGCCCACUUAUAUGGGCGUUUUUCAGUUGUAAUUUCAAUAUGCCCUCCUCAAGCAUGUAUGGAAGAAUCGCGCGUCUUUCUUCGCUAAGGGCUUUUGCGAGGCUUUUAAACCUCCUUCCGACUAUUUUUCAUGUCUCGUUCACCAAUGUCCAAGACUGAGAUGACUAACCUUGAGCUCACCCUAGCCGUCGACCGCGACAAGCCCCUCACAUGGUGGAAAACACUUUCGAUCUUCUGGGACACGCUUUCGAGUACCGCCCUAAGUAGGUGUUGGCCUGCGUUGAUUGUCACUGGUAUCUGGUCGUCUUCAAUAUGUGUGAUUAACUAUUACACGCACGGAGUAUUGUCGAUUCAGCCGACUCUUAUCACUGUGUUCGGUACCGUUCUCGGUUUCAUAAUAUCUUUUCGGACGUCAUCCAGUUUCGAGCGUUAUAAUGAGGGUGGAAAACUCUGGUCUCAUAUCGUGUUAAACUGCCGUAUCUUUGCUCGGACCGUGUGGUUUCAUGUCCCAGAUAACACUUUUCCGGCUUCCCCAAAGGACUAUCAGACUGCUGACGAAGUGACAGACCAGGACUCCGAGUCAGCGAAGACUCAGAAGGAAUACGCCAUGACCCUCAUUGAGAAGAAGACGGUCAUAAAUUUACUCGAGGCGUAUGCUGUCGCCGUCAAGCACUACCUGCGAGGGGAAGAAGGAAUUUACUAUAAAGAUCUUUACCCGCUUGUUCCCUUCCUCUCUUCAUCCCACUACUCGUUUCCUGCGGUUAUCCCUACUAAAAAUGACCAAAUUCGGCACUUACGCAGCAGGCACACACAUCACCCGAAUCGCGACACUCCAGAACUCUCUGGGGAUGCAGCCGUUGGUCCAACCCAAGAAAUGACAGUGCCUAGGUCUUUGUCGAAAUCUGAUGAAAAAUCGUUCUGGAAAGACACCACCAAAACCAUCGCACCGCCUCAUUAUGAUCCGGAGUCUCUUCUACCCGCCGAAUUACCUCCUAGGCACGGCUGGCGAGCAGCUUUUCCAUUUCCGGUCUUCUUUUGGGUAUGGGGAAUCAUAAAGAAACGUUUCUGUAAGCUCGGAGCAGAUGGCACACGUCAAAAUUUCCGCCCCAGUAAAAAUAACGUCCCUUUGGAAAUAUUUCUGUACUUGACAUCCUACAUUGCUGCACUGCAAACCCGUCGCACCGUGAGUGACCCGACCAUAGGUGUGCUUUGCGCGACACUUAAUCAGCUCGUGGAAGCCCUGACUGGGUUAGAAAGGAUCCUUGCCACUCCGAUUCCGUUUUCUUACUCCUCGCAUCUAUGGACGAUCACAAUGCUUUAUAUUGCAGCUUUGCCCUUCCAGCUAUGGACUACACUUGAAUGGUUCACCAUUCCAGCGACUGUGAUUGCUAGUCUUGUUUUCUAUGGUUUUCUUGUGGCCGGGGAGGAAAUUGAAAAUCCGUUUGGCUAUGACAGGAAUGACUUGAACAUGAAAUAUUUAGUGGAGAAUAUUAUACGGAAGGAACUUCAUGCUAUUACAACGACGCCGGCUCCAAACCCGGCAAUAUGGGCAUUCUCGAAAGAGAACAAUUUUCUUCAAGUUGAGCCAUAUUCGAAGGACGAUUCGGACAAAAUACCGACGGCCUGGGUUCACAAGGGGAAGGAGGAGAUUUUUAGCGCUUUGCAUGGGUCUCGCACUAUCUGAGGAUACCAUUAAGUGGAGUAGCAGAGAAGCUACGACUGGCAGUAGUAUUUGUACUCUUAUAUCAAUCGUCCUAUCUUAGGUAAAAGUGGUAAUAUAACAGCCCAGAAACAUUAGGCGUAUACUCACGCCUGUCAAGACGGCGCAGGUUUGGGCGGC